AUGUCUAAGGUACAGAAGACGGUUCUGAUUACGGGCAUUCUAUCAAAAAGCUGCAGCGCCGGCGGCAUCGGACAUGCCCUCGCCCGCGAAUUCGCCUCGAAAGGCCUCCGCGUCUUCGCGACAGCCCGUAACGCAUCCACCAUAUCCGAGCUCCGAACCCAAGGGAUCGAGACCCUCUCCCUUGUCGUCGACGACGAAGAAAGCGUGAAAGCAUGCAAGAAGGAAGUUGAGGCCCUCACAGGCGGGAAGUUGGACAUUCUGGUUAAUAAUGCUGGAAGAAAUUACACGGUUCCCGCCCUCGACGUGGACUUUGGUGAGGUCAGAGCGACGUUUGAGGUCAACCUCUUCGCUGUUAUGAGAAUCUGCCAAGAGUUUGCACCUCUAUUGAUUGAGGCGAAAGGGACGAUUGUGCAGAUUGGGAGUCUGGCAGGAGUGAUGCCCUAUGUAUUCGGAAGCACAUACAACGCAUCAAAAGCCGCCCUCCACGCCUAUAGUAACACUCUACGCAUCGAGCUCGCGCCUUUCGGGGUUAAAGUUGUCACAAUAGUAACUGGGGGCGUGAAAUCGAACAUCGCACGCACGGAACGGACACUCCCCGACGGAUCAUAUUACAUUCCCAUCAACGCUGAGUACCAGCGGAGGCUGACGCAUAGCCAAGAGGCUGGCAUGCCUACUGAGGCAUAUGCUAAGGAUGUCGUCAGCCAUGUGCUGACAUCAAACCCUUCGCGUUGGGUGUGGGCAGGGAAUGCGUCAUGGAUGAUUUGGUUCGUGCAGCGAUUCUUACCCUUGGGGAUUGUUAUGGAUUUCGUUUUCACGCGUAUGUUCAAUUUAUGGAAGUUGAAGGAUACUGCUGCAAGCAAGAAGACCACCUAA